AUGCUUACGUCAGCUGGCCUUCCGUUAAAGAAGUGGGCAUCCAAUUCCUCCGAAGUCCUUGCGCAAGUCCCGCAAGAAGAUCUCGCUCUACUACCACUGCAUGAUCUCCAGGACGAACAAUCCAUAUCCACCUUAGGACUCGUUUGGGAGCCGAAGUCCGAUAAGAUGCGCUUCAAGGUCCAGUUGCCGUUACCAGCACCCGUCGUGACCAAAAGGAAGGUCAUGUCCUACAUUGCGCAGAUCUUCGACCCACUAGGGCUAGUUGGCCCGACAAUCACCGUAGCGAAGCUGUUCAUGCAGCGCCUGUGGGCAUUGAAGACCGACGCAGGAGAUUCAUACGAGUGGGAUCGUCCGCUGCCUCCGCGUCUACAAGGCGAAUGGAAGGAGUUCCAUGGUACGCUAGAUGCAAUCUCCAAAAUCCGCAUUCCCAGAUUCGUGUCGCAGAUCAAGACCGAAACCAUCCAGCUCCACUUUUUCUCCGAUGCUUCAGAGAAGGCAUAUGGUGCAUGCUGCUACGUCCGUUCUGAGUCAGCUGCAGGGAUUCGUGUUCAGCUGCUAACGUCAAAAUCCAAGGUCGCACCGUUAGCCACCUGCCAAUCGAUUGCGCGCCUAGAGUUGUGUGCCGCUGUGUUGUCGGUUAGCCUAUAUGAGAAGGUGAUGAAGUCCCUUAAGACAUCGUGCGAAGUGUUCUUCGACGAUAGUCCUCUACUGGCUACAAUCGUGCCCGUCGCGCUGGAAAACCACGUUCCCGGAGAAUCCAACCCAGCAGACCUUAUAUCACGAGGUGUCAAUCCAACCGAUAUCGUGAACCUCGAGUUUUGGUGGAUAGGACCGCAAUGGUUAGGGGUUUUGCCACACCAUUGGCCACGCACUGUGCUGCCAGCGUUCGAUUUAUCCACAAUGCCAGAGAGCAAAAGCAAUGUCGCCGUGAUGUCUGUAACGGUAGCCGAACCAUCGUUUUCCGCUCGACUGUUCAGUCGCUACUCCAGCUUUACAAAGCUACGACGUUCCAUCGCGUAUUGGAUGCGAUAUUUCCGCUCUCUACGAGCUGCCGUGCAGAAAACCAAGCCAGAGCCGUUUGACUCGCUUUCAACGGCCGAUCCACGCGAGGGUGAUUUAGCCUUGUGUCGCGUAGCCCAACGGGAGAUGUUCUCCAAGGAGCUCUCUAAAAUAACCAGACGUGAACCCCUUCCCGCAUGGUUAAAGUGGUUGAAACCGACGAUGUAUAAAGAUGGCGUUAUUCGAGUCGGACCACAACUGACGCUAACUACACUGCGUCAGAAGUACUGGGUGAUUGGAGGACGCGACCUCGUUCGCCGCACGUACCAUCAGUGCCACACGUGUUUUCGCAGCAAGCCCCGUUUGAUCCAGCAAACCGUAGCAGACCUGCCGUCCUCGCGAGUCUCGCCAACCAGACCGUUCUCCGUAUGCGGUGUAGACUAUUGUGGACCUGUCUACAUUAAAUCGCUGAUACGCAACCGUGCACCUACGAAGGCAUACAUCGCGAUCUUCGUGUGUUUCUCCACCCGCGCUGUCCACAUCGAACUGGUCUCUGACCUAUCCAGCCAGCCUUUCUGGCUGCCCUCCGCCGUUUCGUCGCCCGCAGAAGAAGAAUGA